CAGCGAAGGUGGAGGAAGCUUCCGCCCUGUCUCCCAGGGUGGGUCUCUCGUUCCCAUCCUCGCUCGCCGCGCCUGGAGUGGCUGGUUGCCUCCUGCAACGGCUUCCAUUGAUUCAGAAGGGCCUCAGGGGAUUUGCGUGGAGUGUGAACCCCCCAGUCGCCCCCGGGAGGUUAAGCAGAAACCGGGAUAUGAUUAGUAAACAAAUUGUGCAGAAAGGCGCUGGAUUCUUAUUGACUUACUUAUAGGUCAUCUGCUGCCGGUGCUGUGGGAAAAACUAUUUACUUUACACAUAUACUUUAUGAUCUUGGGGGAAUUAGAGGAAAUUCAAUAAGAAAACGGCUAGAAUCGUUUAAAAACCCCUAUUUAAAAGACUUAAGGAAAUUAGAGUCUUAUCAGAUUAAAAUCCACUACAAAUGUAAGAAUAUUGUCUCCAUCGAAACGCAGUGGGGUCUAAGGAAAGCGGUGGAGGGGAGAGACAGAGAGGGAGCGCCUUUGUCAAAUCGCAGGGAUAAACCACGUCAUUUAAACACCGGGAUAAUGAGCAGAAUGUAAAUUAAUUUGACCUUCUUUACCAACAGACUGCUAAAACAAUACGCAGACUAGUUUAGCGGUCUCGAAGCGAAAUGAGGAGGGAUGAGAUAGAGGCAGAGAAUCCAGAGGACCACCAUUAGUCUGGAGGAGGGUGGUGGUGAUAUUGGGAAUGGUUUGCAGAGUCCCCCUCUCAGCCAAGCUGGGUGCUUUUUAUCUCCACAACUUGGAGAAUGGAGGCAUUUGGACCAACUGCGCCUUAGCUUGUCCAAAAGCCUUCUGAGAUGAGCUAAGGCGGGUUUUAGCGAUACCAUAUGGAAGCUUCAACCUCGCCGUGGCCCUCUGGAAAAUUAAACCAUGGCAAAGGAGUACUUCUACUCGGGAGUAAUCAGAUUGAUAACUGCGAAUAUGGAGUCAAGAGAGAAAAAGACAAAAGCCAGCCCAGCAAGAAUGAGGACGCGGGCGCCGAGGAUCCGUCCAAGAAGAAGCGGCAGCGGCGGCAGCGGACGCACUUCACCAGCCAGCAGCUCCAGGAGUUAGAGGCCACUUUCCAAAGGAACCGCUACCCGGACAUGUCGACUCGGGAGGAGAUCGCCGUCUGGACCAACCUCACCGAGGCCAGAGUCAGGGUUUGGUUCAAGAACCGCCGGGCCAAGUGGCGGAAACGCGAGCGGAAUCAGCAGGCGGAGCUGUGCAAGAACGGCUUCGGGCCGCAGUUCAACGGGCUGAUGCAGCCUUACGACGACAUGUACCCGGGCUAUUCCUACAACAACUGGGCCGCCAAGGGCCUGACGUCGGCGUCGCUCUCCACCAAGAGCUUCCCCUUCUUCAACUCCAUGAACGUCAACCCGCUCUCGUCGCAGAGCAUGUUCUCGCCGCCCAACUCCAUCUCGUCCAUGAGCAUGUCUUCCAGCAUGGUGCCCUCGGCGGUCACCGGCGUGCCCGGCUCCGGCCUCAACAGCCUGAACAACUUGAACAACCUGAGCAACCCCUCCCUCAACUCGGCCGUGCCCACACCCGCCUGCCCCUACGCCCCGCCGACCCCUCCUUACGUUUACCGGGACACGUGUAACUCUAGCCUGGCUAGCCUGAGACUCAAAGCCAAACAGCACUCCAGCUUCGGCUACGCCAGCGUCCAGAACCCGGCCUCCAAUCUGAGCGCCUGCCAGUACGCCGUGGACAGGCCCGUGUGAGAGAGAGGCAGGGAGGCCUGCCGCCUUUCGUCCCUUGUUUUGUUGUUGUUGUGGUUGCGUUCAGAAAACAAAACAACUCCCCCCCACCCAUUUUAAAAAAACAAAACCCAGAGACACAGGAACGAGCAGGCGCACAAUUCUGAAUGGACGAGGGAGGAGGCCUCGCUUCCGCAAUCAAAGGACUUGAACGUUCGAAUCCAAAGUAAAUGGGCACUAAUGGAACAGGAGAUGGAAACAGCGGAGUGACUUCGGAAUUGAGACAAAAUGUAAACCAGAAAGAGAAGGGUUAGGGAGAGGCACAAGAGAUACCACUGAAACUAGCGAGUCCCUUUGUUUUCAAAGGAUAUUCUCCUGCUACCUUUCACUGAAGAAGAAAAAAGUAUUUCCAACAUCUACAAGGACAUAUAUUAUAAAUAUAUAUAAAAUACGGACAAACGUUUGAAUCGCUAUACUAUGACAUUUUAAUGUUCCUAUAAGCUUGUUAUUUUUUAUGUUUAGCAUUGUUAACAUUAAAAUAAAAAAAUGACGGGAAAGGAUGUAUAUAUAUAUCGAAAUGUCAAAUUAAUUUUAUAAAAGCAGUUCUUAGUAAAUAUCCACAGUGUUUUUAAAAGUUAGGCUUUAAAAUAAAGCAUGUUACACAAGACAUUAGGGAUUUCUUUUCUUUUUCUUUUUUUCCGCUUGCGAGCAAGGGAAUGUAUAUACUAAAUGCGAGACUGUAUGUUUCUAACAUAUUAUUAAUUAUUAUUAUUAAAAGAGAAGAAGAAGAAGUCCCAUUGUGUGAAUAUCGGUUUUAGAAUAGUACCUCUGGUGGAUGCAAUGGCGACGCUGAAACUGCAAUGUAAACAUACCCUGUGUAUAACAUUUCGUAUAAUAGUGUUUUCCUUUUCUGACAACAUUGGAAAAAAAUGUGUUUUCUUUCAUGGGAGUAAAAUAUACUGCAUACA